UGUCGGAAUAUAAGUUGAUUGUGAUGCUAAAGGAAACCUAAAAGUGGGUGAUAGGCAAUGCAGCGAAAUGUCUGAAAACUUUAAAAAAUUUUAUUCUUUCUACAAAACCGCAGACUAUUCAGAACGAAAUGUUGCAGAAGAUGUCGCAUAUACGCCGCAUGAGUCGUAUAGCUAUGAUAGGGAUACCUAUAGUAGCUGGGAACUGGGUCGUAAAAAUGAGGUAUAUGAAAAUCUUACAGCUGGUAGAAGCGGUCUUUCAAGUUUUCCUAACAUGCCAGAUUUUCCUGAUAUUGCAAGCCUACCAUCUUCAAGUUAUCACACCUCUAGUAAAUCACAAAAUAUUAAUGCUGAUCUGUAUGCGCAAGCAUUGGCUGUAAAGUCAGACCUUGGACUGAUGGAUGAUAAUCGUCAUUCUGAUGCUUUGGAAUCGUUGUCUGCAUAUGGAGCUGAAGAACCUUUUAAGAAGAGUAACUGGAAACACAGACAGUUCCGUGAACGUGAACUACAAGGUACUUCUGAGCGCACAGCAGUAUUUUCCUCUAGAAUGCAGCCAGUUGAAGAUGACUUGUUUACUGAAACAGAAGAGCAGGGAAAUACUUCAAAACUAAAUGAAAAUAAAAGCAGCAUUAAUAUCACACCUUUAUCAGAACUGAAUUUGGCAUCCAUUGAUGAUGAAGAUGAGUAUUUGUAUGGAGAUUCAAAUUCACUACCUGAAGAACCUACAAGUAAAAAUGCUACUCAGCUGGAGACCUCUAAAGCAAAUGCUAGCGUAUGGAGUGAUGAUGAAAGUGCUUCUGGAAGUACAUGUUUUAUGAGUAAAGAGCAUAAUCUUACAAAUAAACUUGUUUUAAACUUGAAAUCUGAUUUACGUGAAAAGUUAGGGAAGCCUGGAGCUUCGGAAUUACGGAAACAGAAAAGUUCUGAUUUGUUUUAUUCAACAAAAAUUGAUAAGAUACCAAAAAGUUAUUCAGAAAAGUCAAGGGAUAAUACUAAGGAACAGCCAUUUGUUACUGCAUUGGAAACUAAUUUGAAGGCAUAUGAACAAACUAAGAAGUAUCCAUCCAGUAGUGGUAAGGUUUUUAGCACUAGUAAUGAAUCAGACAAAUUUUGUAAAGGAUUAAAUAGUUCUAUGAAAUUUUUUCCACAAGUUACUAAAAAAGAACAAGUUUUAUCCAAACAUUUGUUAAGUGAGAGUUCUGACGUUAAAUCAAAAUACCAGGUUGCAGCUGAUAUGCUAAAAAAACGUCUUGGUGAAAAGACGUCACUAUCUCCACUUACAGAGCUCUUGUCCAAGAGAGUUUAUUCUGGGGAUGCAGAAAAAAGCAGGAAGCCUUUAUCUGUAAGUGAUACGCCCGUUGAACAGUUUGAUGCAUCCAUUUCUCCCAGUACCAAAUUUCCCAAACUACUGAUCAAUAUUAAACAAGGAGAAAAGGCUUUAAGUAAGAGAAUUGUACAUGUCAAAAAGAGUCCGGAUAUAUAUUCAGGAGAGAAAGGUGAUAAAUUAAAAACAUUAAAAUCAUAUAGUCCUGUUGAUCCUCAUGUAGAAAAUGAAAUUUUAAAACCUCGAAGAGUUUUGAAAGGUAUUUCUGAUAAUCGUUCACAAGAAGUAUUUAAUUUUCUUGAACGAAGUGUGAAAAGAAAGCAGAUCUCGGAGGAAAAACUCCCUCGUGCUUAUCGUGAAGAUAGGUAUGUUCAUCAUACUUCCCGUGAGGAUAGUCCAAAGUAUAGUUCAAGAGAUAGAAAGCAUAAAUCUCCUGAUGAAGGCUCUUCUCCAAGCAGAAGCCCUAAAUCUAGAUCGUUAGGUUUAAGAGGUAGGUCUCGUGAUAGAAGUCCUGUACGACAUCGGUAUAGCCGCAGUCCUAAACGUAAGUCUCGGGAUAGAAGCCCAAGAUCUUUAAGAUAUAGAACAGAGAGAAGUCCCCGGCGCCGAUCCCGUUCAAGAAGUCCAAAAUAUCGAUCAUCUUCAAGAAGUCCUAGGAGGUAUUCUCGUGAAGGAAGUCCAAGAAGGUAUUCUGGAGAGAGAAGUCCAAGGCAUCGAUCACCUGAAAACAGUUAUGGGUAUUCAGCGAGGGAAUGGAGUCCCAGACAUAGAGCUCAUGAUAGAAGUCCAAAACAUUCAUCCAGUAGGAGAUCCAGAAGUCCCAUUGAAAAUUCUGAAAAAUCAGCUGAAAAUAAAAGGUCUAUAAGAAGUGCUGAUAAUGUGAAAGAUAAAUUUAUGAAAGAUGGCAAUGAACCUGCUACAAAGAUAAAACCAAGUAUAAGUAAAAUAUUGGAUGCGACUAGUAUCUCAAAAGUUAUAUCUGAAGAUAUUAAUAUUCCAACACAUCUGGUAAAAGCUGAAAAGAAAAGUAUACAAGAAAAAAAUGUUGAUGUUCUUCCAGCAUCUGAAAAAGAGACACCUUUGACUAAGUCUGCACCAGGAAAAGUUCCACCUGUGCCUACAUCUGAAGACGAAGAUCUUACCUCCCAAACACAAAAUGAGAAAUAUGAGAACUUUUUUAAUUUUUUCAAUAAAAUUGUGACUCAAAAGACACUUUUGAAUAAUAUAAGUAUAGCCAUUGAAGAAGCAAAGCAUUCUUCAAAACCUCCAGUUCCUCAAGAAGAGAGAAGUGUAGCUUCCAUAUCACAGUCUGUAUUACCUGGACAACCUAUACCAUCAUUGUAUUCUCAAUCAUAUGUGCCACCUAAUAUGGAAAAAUCUAUGCCAUUAAGUCAUAGUGUGCCUCCAAACAUUGUGUCAGUCUCUCCAAAUAUUAACGUUCCGGUUUCUGGAAAUGUUAAUGUGCCAGUCUUACCUGCAUCACAACCAGUACCUCAUUAUCCUAUGGCUGAAGCUAAUUAUGCAUAUGGUGCUCCUCCACCACCUAUGUAUCCUCCACCUAUAUUAACUACAGAAUCGUACAAUGCUUAUCCCAUGCCUCCACCAACAUUUGGUCCACCUCUUGUUUAUCCAGAAGAAUCAAGCCCACCUAUAAAAGUAGUUAAAAAUAUGCCAAAAGCAAAAAGAGUAUGUAGCUUAAAAAGUGUUCCUAUGGUCUCUGGUAAUGAUUUAAUAACAGUUAAACAGCAAACUGCAGCGACAGGAAAUGCUUCAUCUACAGACUCUAUAAAAUCUCCCAAGAAGAAUACGUUUCGUCCACAGAAGAGUGAAAGUGAUCCUUCUUCUGUAAAUGUGUUAAUGGGAGCUUGUGUUGAAGAAUAUAAAACUCUUCUGAGAGAAAGAGAACAUUAUAAAAGAAAACUGAGGAAAACUUCUGAUACCGUUGUUGAAUUGAAGGAUAUCAGGAAAAAUCUUGAAAUUAAAUAUAAAAAAUCAAAAUUUUCAUCAGAUGUAAAAAAAUUGUUAUCUCAGUGCUCUGCAUUGUAUGAAAAGGCAAAUGUAGAACUAAAGCGUGUUAUUCGUAAUGCUAGUAAAAUAGGUGAGGACCUGAUGCAAGUAAAGACGAGAGUUCCAAUUGAUCGUCAACAGGAAAUUGAAGAAGAAAUAAAGAAAGUACAAGAUACAGUUGUUUCAUCUGUGAAAUAUUCAUGUUAUGAUACUGGAAAUCAUUGGUGCAAUUUAUGUAAUGAACCAUUUGCCACAAUUUGUGCAUUAUUGGAGCACCUUCAUAGUGAUAAACAUAAAGAGUUCAUAGAUCUGAACAGCUUGCCACCUUGGCAAACUGAGACAUCAAAAGACUGUGCUUCAAAUAAAGAUGAUAAAGAAUGUAUUCUCCAGCCUGUUAGAGGUGUUGAGUUCCUAUCUCCUGUGACUGGAUUUUAUUGUUCACUCUGCCAAGAAACUAUUCCUGAUCGGAAAUAUGCAGAAACACAUGUUAAAAGCCAUGAACAUACUGCUAAGUAUAUGAAUCUCCUUAAAGAAAACUCGUUCUAUGAAAAGCUACAUGAUCUUAAAAAAGAAAUUGGUCUUUUACAAGAAAAAAGAAAAAGAGAAGACGGAAAGCAAAUAUAUAUCGUUAAACGUCAAAGAACAGAAGCAGACAGCAACAAAAAAAAUAGCCUUCAGGUGCAAAAAACUCAUCAGAAAGUGGCUGAAGAAUUAGAAGAAGCAUCUGAUGAGUCGGAGAUUUCUCAUAAAAGUCUAAAAUCAUCUGGCAUAAAACUGAAUUUAAACAAGUUGCCUAAAGAAAGAUUAGUGAAAGAGAAAGAAUCAGAAUCUAAAGCAAAGCCACAGUUCGUUUAUAUUGGAAGAGCUCCAAAUUUCAAGCCAAAAGUAAAACCAGUGGCAAAGAAUCUUCCAUUGCAAAAUUCCUCUAAAUUGGAAAAGGAUGAUAGUGUUGUAAGCUCAGUAAAAUCUUGUGAAAGUAAUACCUCUGCAGAAGCUUCAGAAAAAUCUAGCGAAAAGAAUAACCCUGGACAAGCAUUGAUAAAAUCUGAAGUAAAGAAUACUUCUAUUCAAAACCCAGAAAAAGGUUCUAAUAAAUCAAAUUUGCCUGUAAAAAAAGCUUCUGAUGACAAAAAAUUAUGUAUAUCUGAAGAAAAGAUGUGCAAUAAAUCAACUAAUGGGUCAAAUACUAGCAGUUCAGCAUCUGUCUCAAAAGCAUCUGAUGCUUUUGUCUUUGCCGUUCCAAAACCUGUACCUCUUAAACCUCAGAUGAAGAAAAAAAAGGACAAUUUAAUUGUUUCUGGUUGUCAGCAAGAAUUUGAAAUGAAGAAAGAGAAACCAUGUAAUAAUAAAUCGUCAACUGCAUCUAAAAACCAAAAGAAUGAUGAAAAACAACAAAAAUCAGCUCUUGAAAAUAAAAACCAAGAUCCAGUGAUAGCACGUGCUAUAAAAAACAUACUAUAUGGCAAUGAUAAAACAACUUCAAAGAAAUCUGAAAUAAAAAUAUUUCCACAACCUCCUAAACCAGUAUCUUCACCUCAACCAAAAGUUGAAAAUUUAACGAGAGCUGCUGCUCCAUUAACAGAAGAAGAAAAAGAUUUUCUUCUUUUGGGUAUUAACAAAGCUGAUAUGUUACCCAUUGCUGUUCCAAGACCUCCUCCAUUAGCUUUAAUGCAAAACACAAUUAAACAAACCUCUUCUGCUUCUCCAGCAGUAGUAUCUCAACAAACACAAAGUCAGACUAUUCCAUCAAAUACUACAUCAUCAGCAUUUUUACCUGCUCAGCCAGCGUUAAUUCAACAGACUCAAGCUCAAGUUGUAAACUCAAACAAUUUUGCACCAUCCACUUUUUCAUCUCCACCACCAGUAGCUCAAAGUAGUAAUUAUAUGCCAUCAGCAUUCUCAGCCACCCUGCCAGCAACACCAACUCAGAAUUUUAGUACAACUAAUUACAUUUCACCUUCUUUUCCAGCUGCAGAAACAGGACAGAAUGCAGUAGAAACUUCUGGAACUAUCUUACCUCUUGAAAAUAUUGAAACUAUAAAAGCCACCAUUCCACCUUUUCCUCCACCGCUUCAAGUGCCUCCACCUCUUCACCACCUCCAGUUGAGAAUAUAGAAAAUUUAAAGCCUAAGGUUACUAUAC